AAUUAACUCUGACUGUGACCAUGGCUGCCCAUCCCGAUACCAAAAUUGACUGCUCUAAAGUCUACGUCAAAAAGUCGUCUUUCUCCAACGAACAGACGGGUGACUUUGAUGGAGCCUUCGCCUUUGUUCCGUUUCAAAAAGGUGAUCUUGUAGAAAAGGGUGUUAUGCGUCGUCUUCCCGAUGGCUUUGACGGAAACACGUGCCCUUACAUUUUCACUUGGAGUGAGGAGCGCCCCAACAAGAUCUGGGGCAUGGGUUCGGGAUGCUCACCCUUUUUCAACACGGAUCGCGAAGGCAAGGCUAACACGCACAUGGUCCGCUACUACGACGAAGAUCGCUUCGAAAUCUUUGCAACCCGGGACAUUGAAAAAGACGAAGAGCUUACGCACACGUACGUGUCGCUCAAAUGGCGAACGUGUUUCGCGGAUAUCAACGAGAUUGUGCACAAGGACGAUCCCUAA